GCAAAACAGCUGAGUGCGUCUUGUUAUUAAACGGGUUGUUCAAUCAAAUAGUCGACGCUUACCUGUCGCAGAACCUUCAUCACGGGAUUUGCUUUGUGAAUAAUGCCCGAUAAGAAAUGCACGGAAAACGAGCAGAAUGAUUGUGUGAUGCCAGUUCGCUCUGCUAAUCCGAUACGCGCUAGAAGUUUGAUCCGAGACAAUUUGGAGAAACAGGCUGGUUGUCUAAAUUUAAUCCACUCCAGAAUGCCGAACAUCAAAGUGUUUUCGGGCACCUCGCAUCCGGAUUUGGCCCAGCGGAUCGUCGAUCGCCUGGGAAUCGAUCUCGGCAAGGUGGUUACGAAGAAGUUCAGCAACUUGGAGACCUGUGUGGAAAUUGGGGAAUCGGUGCGCGGCGAGGAUGUGUACAUCGUGCAGUCGGGAUCCGGCGAGAUCAACGAUAACUUGAUGGAGCUGCUGAUCAUGAUCAAUGCGUGCAAAAUCGCCUCAGCCUCGCGUGUUACAGCUGUGAUUCCUUGCUUUCCAUAUGCCCGCCAAGACAAAAAAGACAAGUUGGCAGGCAGUGAGGAUAAUGCGGAAAGCAAGAAACUAGCCAAGAAAAACUACGAUUGGAAAUUUAGGGCCAAUGCACAGAGUCGUGCGCCCAUCUCGGCCAAAUUGGUGGCCAACAUGCUGUCCGUUGCUGGAGCGGAUCACAUCAUCACCAUGGAUCUGCACGCCUCACAGAUUCAGGGCUUCUUUGAUAUACCAGUUGAUAAUCUCUAUGCCGAGCCGGCGGUGCUCAAGUGGAUCAAGGAGAACAUUCCCGAGUGGAAGAACUCGAUCAUUGUGUCGCCCGAUGCUGGCGGUGCCAAGCGUGUCACCUCAAUUGCCGAUCGCCUGAAUGUGGAGUUCGCUCUGAUACACAAGGAGCGCAAGAAGGCCAACGAAGUGGCCUCCAUGGUACUGGUGGGUGAUGUCAAGGACAAGAUUGCCAUUCUGGUCGACGACAUGGCCGACACAUGCGGCACCAUUGUGCAUGCCGCCGAUCGUCUGGUGGAGGCGGGAGCCACCAAGGUAUAUGCCAUUCUGACGCAUGGCAUUUUCUCGGGUCCGGCGAUCUCGCGGAUCAACAAUGCUUGUUUCGAGGCGGUGGUGGUGACCAACACCAUACCGCAGGAUGGACACAUGCGGGACUGUCCCAAAAUCCAGUGCAUUGAUGUCUCGAUGAUGUUCGCCGAGGCCGUCAGACGGACACACAACGGCGAGAGUGUCUCGUAUCUCUUCUCAAAUGUUCCAUACUAAACAACAAACAAACAAACAAGCAAACAAUCGGCAGAAAAACCAGCAAACGUUUGAUAAAACAGCAACCAGAACACCGUUAGCAAGCCACAGCAAAAUGAAAAGAGGAAAAAACCCACUUUAAUAGCAAUUUGUAAUGCAAUUCAACAAACACAACAAUUCGAAAACACAUAUUUUGCCAUCAUCAUCGUUAUAUAUUUUUUAUGGAUUAACUAUUGUAAUUAAAGUAAAUGCAAACUCAGUAGAUGGGAAAUCGUCAUUGUGUAAUUAUACUAAAUAGGAGCAUAAAGAUCAACACUAAACACCGCAAAAACAAUACAAAAAGUAAACAAA